AUGAGCCGAACCGUGACCAUCCAGGAGCCCCGGACCAAGCAGCGGGGCCCUCAAACCCGGUGCGAGGUGAAGUCGGAGGCCAGGGGCCAACUCUUCAACGGCCGAACGUAUGAUUACCUGUACGAUCCGUUGUUUACUGUGUCAAGUGAGCAAGACCACACACAUGCAAAUGUCCAAGCAUUCCUGAGUCGAAGCAGACUGAGGAAAGUUCCCAGGUUUAGAAACAUGUUCAGUAACCUGAUCCAUUACCCAAGACAUUCUAUAUACUGGAGCAAGGCAGAUCCUGUCCCACCAUUCAUCAAUCGGGAAUGGAGGGGACAUGAGGAGAAACAGAGAGAAGCCCUGCAGCAACUUGGCGUAUAUGACACUUCUUUUCAAAUGCCUAAAGAGGUUUAUGAAGAUCCUGAUGUCACUGGGAAGAAUCGCUAUAAAUAUUUUGAAAGGCCGUUCCUUCCAUAUUAUCAAGAGACCCCGCCCCAUGUUGUGUUGGCAUCAACCAUAUCGGAGACAUAUACUUUUCCUCCUGCUUCGUCUAAGCACCAACCCAGUCCUUCAAAGCAUCCUGUGGGCACUCAGACGGAUUUUCGUGAUUCUGAAGCUCAAACAGAUCCGUAUUCUCCAGAAUAUGUAGUAUGUCAGGAUUCAAUCCCUGAGCUCUUGACCCUGGCUACUCUGACUUGGGGUCGUGGUCUCCCGGCAGGUCAGGCUGAGGUGGAGAUGAUAGAACGAGCCCGGGAGAAGCGUGCCUGGGAAGCCACACUGCCGUCUCUGACUGACACCGCCCAGUAUGAGAAGAGGAGGAGGAUGAUGAAUGCGAUGGAGAGGAAGGAGUGGGCCUUCCGAGAGCAGGAGAUUGAAAAACUGCAGGAGAUUCGCCUGGAAGUUCUAAAAGAGCUGCUGAGGAAGCGUCUCAAGAAAAACAAUGAAAUGGCUAUGAAGCACCUGAAUACCCAAUGGUCUAACCUGCAGGAGGCAAAGGAGGCAAAACUGGCAAAAAUUCGCCGUGCACAUGUGUCAGCAAUCAGAAAACUUAUGGGAAAGAGAGAGAAUGUAGAAGAGAAGUUCCAGAGAAGAAAUAUCAUCAAGGACUAUUCUGAUUAUGCAUCACAGGUCUAUGGACCUCUGUCUCGCCUUGGUCGUUUUCCAGACAAUGAUGAGGACUUUGUAGUAAAAAAUCACUUUCUCGACACCUAUGAAGGAUUAGUGCAACUUGAGUCCUGUCUCCCAGAUUUUGUGAUUCAGCCCCGAAUCAAAGCUCCAAGACCUAAAGCCACAACCACCAAAGCUGGCUUUCUGAAGAGGGCGGCGAAGCUGGAGAACGAGUUGGCAGAGGUUCAUAAGAUACUGUUGGAUAAGAGGAAUAGAGUUCCCGAACCAAAGAAACCUCUGCUCUUCCUUCAAAGAAAGCCAAUACCUCAACCUCGGCUUCCAACUCCAACCUUGGAAAUGACUUCCAAUGAAGAAGAAGAUAUAGAAAAGGCUGUUAUCUUCCUUCAGAAGUUACUCCGGGGCAGAGUCAUUCAGAACGUGAUGUUUGAAGGGAAAGAAAAGCGGCUGGAGCUGAUCCAGGAGCUGCGCACCACCCACGCGCUGCAGGAGGACGACCGGCUGGUGAGGAAAAUGGAGAAGCAAGUGACGCUGGCCCUGCAGCGGCAGAGGAACCUGCACGAGCACAAGGUGUCGCUAAUUGAAAACCAUCUGGCCGGACUGGAAGGAAGGACGCUGGCAGACAUGUUCGACUUCCUGUCCAAAGAGCUGGUGAGGCUCCAGGAAGAGAGGAGGAUCCACGCCUUUGCCAUGCUGGCCGAGCGGCAGCGCAGGAUGCGGGAGGCCGAGGAGAGUGGCCGGCGCCAGGUGGAACAGAGGCGCCUGCGGGAGGAGGACGAGAUAUUUAAGGAGGUGGUUAAAGUUCACCAGAGUACUAUAUCUUCAUAUCUGGAAGACAUAAUUCUGAACACUGAAGCAAAUACUGCAGAAGAACAAGCCAGGGCGGAAAUCGAGAAGAUGGCUCAGGAAAUCAAUGACAUUGCUUAUGAAAUGGAAAACCGUCGAACUCAGCUUCAGUCAGAGGAGAUUGUUGCCGAGUUGGUUUAUAGUUUUCUGAUCCCAGAGGUGCAAAAGGACUUUGUCAAAGAAAAAGUGAGGAACGCACAGCGGAAGCAUAUUCUUGCAGCCCAUCAGAUUCUCCACGGGCACACAGGAGACAUGCUUGCAAGGGACUUUGCUGAGGAACCACAAGAUGAGGACCCAGACAUUGACGAGUUCCUUAAGUAA